UGAUUAGGAGGUGUCUUUUAUCCUUUUUAACAAUUUUUUUUUCUCUGUAAAGUCCGUACUCUUCCCUACCAAAUUCACCGCUUCACUUCAUCUUACAGCAACAACAAACCAAAAUAGAAAAAAAAAAACAGUGAAGAAUUCUAAUAAAAGGGUGCUUUGCCCAAGCUGUACAAUUUCAAUGGCCGCCAAGGAAUAGAAGAAAUUAAUAGAGGAGAAGCAAUUUUUUUACGUCCAAAGUACAAAUUCUUCAAGUUUGGUUGGUGUUUGAUUACCUAGUGAUACCUAUAAAAUUGCAUAAAUUUAGUCGAAGAAAAACCAAACUUGUAGCUCAUAUCUCUGGACUAUACAGCCAUCAGCAAACAAUUUCGCCGCCUGCCACCGUCACAAUCACCGAGUAUGGGGAUUAUAAAAGACAGUUCAGUAUCAGGAAAAUUACCCACUAACAAGGUCUUUGCUGUUCAUUACCCUGCUUACCCUUCUUCAGUGGAACGUGCUGUUGAGACUCUUGGUGGCAUUCAAGGUAUUGUCAAGGCUCGAACUUCACAGUCAAAUAAGCUGGAGCUCCAUUUCCGGCCAGAAGAUCCUUAUUCACACCCUGCCUUCGGGGAGCUUAAGCAUAGCAAUAACUUCUUGUUGAAAAUAUCCAAGUGUAAAGUAAGGGAUGUCCAAUCUACUGAUAGUAGCUGUGGAAUAUCGAUACAAUCUUCAAGGAGUCCUGUUAAUUGUGAACAAGAAAAUUUUUUAGAUGCACAGAAGGUGAACGAGUCUAGAGGUUUAUCUGCUGCUGCUUCAAAAGAAAUUGAAGUGCAGACAGCUACUAAUUUGCAGGAGCAUCUCUCAGCAAAUAUUGUUUCUCAUGUUUCUGAAGCUUAUCAUUUUAACGGAAUGGUAGACUAUCAGCAUGUUCUCGCUGUUCAUGCUGAUGUUGCAAGAAGGAAAAAGAGACAGUGGGCAGAGGUGGAACCUAAAUUUGAGAAGGGAGGUCUUAUGGAUGUUGAUCAGGAGGAUUUGAUGAUAUUACUACCUCCUCUGUUCUCCUCAAAAGAUACGCCUGAUAAUAUUGUAUUAAAAUCUUGUACAAGUGUCGGCUCGAAAAGAAAACAAGAGGGACGACACAAUUGGGAGAGGGAGAUGGAGCCGAGUCUUGCAAUUGAUUUUACUAUCAAAGAGAUUCCAAAGCCAGUGGAUUGGGAAAAGUACAUUCCUCAGGGCUCAGAUCGUUGGAGAUGGCAGAAGGCGGUAUCUGAAUUGUUUGAAGUGCGUAAAAUAUGGGCCAAAGAGUCAUUGGCUGAGCGUUUGUAUGAUGGGGGUCUGAAAUUUCGAGAUAACAUGCUAAAAAGGCUUCUUUGUGGAGUAGCAUAUUACUUUUUGAAUGGGCCUUUCCGUAGAUUCUGGAUAAGAAAAGGUUAUGAUCCUCGGAAGGAUCCUGAAUCCCGCAUAUACCAGAAUAUUGAUUUCCGAGUGCACCAUGAAUUACGAAGCUACUGUGAGAGCCGUUUGUCAUCUGGAUUGCAACAUCGAUGGGAUGAUAUGUGUGCCUUCCGUGUUUUUCCGUAUAAAUGUCAGCUAUCAUUGCAGCUUUGUGAACUCAAGGAUGACUACAUUCAACAAGAAAUCAGAAAACCUUCAAAGGAAGAAACUUGCAAUAGUGCAACAGGAUGGUUCUCCUUUCAUACUGUUGAUUGCUUGAGACGUUGUAUUGAUGUGAGAUUUAUGUCAGUAUGCCCUCAUCCCCGUGCUGAGUUUUUACUAAAUUCUAUGUCCACCCGCUUCGAAAAGUCAAAGAGGAUUCACACUUAUGUGAAAGUUGCAAGACCGGAAGAGCAAGAAAAAGUCAAUAAAGAAGCAGAAAACAAUGAAGUCGAUGAACAAGCAGAAACCCGUGAGGUUGAUGAACCUGAUGAUUUAGAAGAUUAUGAAGAUGAAUUUGACGAUGAUAUUGGUGAAGAGGAGAUGGAUGCAUAUGAAUCUCUUGACCUCGCUGUCCAGGAAGGGGAUGUCUCUCUACAUGAUGAUCCACAUACAAACCAUGAUAAUGUUUCAAGGGAUUACUUGCAAGAGCUAUUUGGCAAUUUUCCAUCGGGUACAGCAGGGGUGGAUGAAGUGAAAGAUGAUCAAAGUAUUGGAGAAUAUCAGAUAUAUGACCAAUACAACGAUGACUCUUAUUCCGAAGAUGAAGACUACUAAGACAUCAUGCUAAUUAGUGAUGGAGUGAAGAGCUGAUGCUGCAGCAAGGGGUGGGAAUAUAUUAUAUUUUUGGGGUAUAUACUUAGAAAUCAACUAAGUUUUCACUUGUUCUUCUUUGCUUCUAACGAAAGGAUCAUAAGAGGAAGUAUAAAUAUAUACUCUUUUGUGAAGGGAUUUGCAAAUAGUCCAAGGGAUAUUUUACACCUUUUUCCAUGCAUAUGACCAAAAUAAUAAAAUACUCUCCCUAGCCUGCAAAUAGGCAUAUCA